AUGUCGCUUCGAAGACCUCAUCGGAAAUCUCGUAAUGGCUGCACUGAAUGUAAGAGACGCAGAGUGAAGUGCAAUGAGCAGCAACCUUGUCACAACUGUUUAAAGUAUGAGAGUAACUGCGUCUUUGUGACGGACCUGAAGCAGCAACGACGGAUCCCAGUUCGCCCAAAGUCAUCGAUGUCCAAAGCAGGUCAAAGCCCCUCCACUUCAGGGAUUGGCGCGGUUGUAUCACUUUCAGGACCCCCUCUAUGUGAUUUGGCUAGAACUGCAGGCUUUGAACCUCGGGACCUUGAGCUCAUGCAUCACUUCAGCACGUCAGUCGCCAAGACGCUCUCUUAUCGCAAUGACAUCCAGGAUGUUUGGGCUAUCUCACUUCCCAAGGAGGCUUAUUCAUGUGACUACCUGAUGCAUGGUCUGCUCGCAAUUUCCUCUUUACAUUUGAGUUUCCUGAGCUGCAAUUUAUCGGAACGUGAGAAACGGGACGAGUACGCAGACUUGUCCACAUAUCAUCUGCACAGAUCUCUUGCUCGCUUUAGGGAGAGGCUCGCUAGCAUAUCAACAGAAAAUUGUGUGCCUUUGUUUGGACUUUCCUCUCUAAUAGUUAUCAAUGUCUGCGCGCAGUCUGCCUUGGAAAUUGGCUCACAACCAGGUCGGGGGCACUUGGCAUCCCACAUUGAAAUGCUAAUGAAAAUUUUCAACAUGUGCCGAGGGGUAGAGUCUAUUCUCGCACCAUACCAUAGCGAAAUUCAUCAGAGCUCCUUAAGCUCCUUACUUCACGAUGAUUACCGCCUCGUGGCAUGUGCACAAACAAGUCUGAUCUGGCUCCAAGCUAACGCAUACCGAAGCCACCACAAUAUCGAUCGAACCUUGGCCGAAGAACCGCCAUUUGCUGACUUGAUAAAUCUCAUCCAAAAUCAAGAGAGAGGAUCCCAGGAACAAAUCGAGUACCUGGAUGCGUUGACAAAGCUGAGGACGGCAUUUCGCUUUAUGCGUACCGCGAGCCAACCAUUGGAGCCUGGGGCGGCUUUUGUGUGGCCUAUUUUGCUGCAGCGGGGUUCCAUUCGCCUCUUCAUGCACCUGACACCUCUCUCAUUGGUGCUUCUAGCAUACUAUUGUAUAAUUUUGCAAUACCUCGAUGGCUAUUGGUUUUUGCAUGGUUGGCACAAAGCACUCCUCACUGAAAUUACAGAGUCCUUACCUUCAGAUCUCAAGACAUGGGUUAUUUGGCCAAGGGCGGUAUGUGGCUUAAAUGAUGUGAGUGAAAAUUCAGGAAUGCUGGGCAAUUGA